GCCUUGUAUAAAUAGAAUCAACUGAGCUUGAUAUUACCGACUUUUCGACUCAAAAAACACAAAUGCCUAGGCCUUCUCCACCUCGAAAACAUCUUCUUUUAACAAUGACGGCGAAACAGAAAUUGGAGAAGCUUAAGAAGUAUGAUGCACUCUCAUGAUCUUCAUGGCGCUUUGCUAAUUCAAUCUAGGGUUCUGGGCUACACUAUUGUUCAUGUCAAAGUGGGAGAUGACCUCAAGGACUUCGCCAUUCAUAAAGACCUCAUCUGUCACUAUUCAAUUUAUUUUAAAGCUGCUUUCAACUCUGGGUUCGAGGAAUCUAUCACUGGUAUCAUGAAACUUCCGGAAACCAAGCCUAAAGCUUUCGAAUUAUUCUAUCAUUGGCUUUAUACCCAGGAUCUGGACUUACCGCUGUGGGAACCAACUGCGUUGACAGUGAAGGCAAAAUGCAAAAAUACUAAGUGCUGUCAUUGCAAUCUAUACAAGAUCGAUGAUGACAACGAUGCCAUCGACGAUAUCAGCGAUAGUGACGAUAGUGACAUCAUCAAUAACAUCGAUGAUAGCGAUGAUAGCGAUGAUAGCAAUGAUACCGAUGAUAGCGAUGAUAGCGAUGAUAGCGAUGAUAGCGAUGAUAGCAAUGAUAGCGAUGAUAGCGAUGAUAGCAACAACAACGAUAACGAUUAUUCCAAUGCUUUCUACGAUGAUUGCCCUGCAAUUGCCUUCUACAAAGGACAAAUCAAAACUAUUGUCAUGCUCUACGUCUUUGCCGAUAUGGCCCAAAUCCCUACUCUACAGAACAACUGCAUGAAGAAGCUCUACGAAACAACCAGAAGAGCAUCUUAUGUGCCUACCGAGGAGCUGGCGUAUAUAUGGGAGCAUACGCUUGAGACCAGCUUGCUUCGGAAAGCAAUGAUCGAUAUGUUGACGUGGGAGUGGAAUGCCAGGGAGUUCCCCUCUGAGAUCGAUACCAUACCAAAUGUCGUAAAAGAUGAGGUUCUCAUCUCAAUGAGUCGUUGUAUCCAAAGGAUAGGUCCGUUGCAUAAUGAUCUCAAUCCUCUCAAAAAUCUUACAAAUUAUUAUGUUAAGGUGGGAGAGGAAUCUACUUAGGCUCAUCAACUAUGUAUAGGAUAGCAUUCUACCCUAUGGUUUCUUGCCACAGAGUAUACUUACCAUCUAUUAGGAAGCACAGCGAUAUUUGUGGUCAGAGACAACACUGUUCUUGGUGGCUGUAGGCAAUCUUUAGCAUCUCAUAUGAUCGU